GCCCUGAACUCAACAGUUGUAGGGGUCCUCGGCUCGCAGAUAAUACAAAAAAACAUUGAUCAAGCAAAACAUAGACCUGAAAGCAGUAAAAGGCGACAAUGCAAGGCUUCAAAGAAUGGGAGCGGGAGGUGUCGACAUUGAUAUAAUGGGUUGUCUCAGACGGAACGCGAGAUUGUGUCCAUCAGUAUAAAGAAACGCAAAGAGACAGCGCAGAAUCUGCAGCUGGACGGGGAGGUUAAAUACCAGCGACCCCAAGAGAAUGACCGGUUGAUUUCAACCCCCAAUCCUUAUACCAGGCUCCCACUUUGUAAUAAUGGCUUCCCGAAUCUGCGGAUCUCGAUUCUACGUUGGCGAAAAAGGAGAUCCACGGCGAGAAGCCACCAUCGGGGGGAUCAUCUCUCUGUAUGGGACCUUUUACGGGUUGACAGUCCUUCGCCCAUUCCUCGCGGACCCAGACCAGCAGGUCAUGUUCAUCGAGCAGAAGACUCCGGUGGCCGAGGAGGAGGCCGAGGAAGGCCUGUGGGCGCCCAUCUCCAGUUACGAGGAGGCCGGGCACUCCCCGCUCCACUCGAGCAAGAUGCGUACGUGCCCAUUCUUCGCAUUUGAGGCCUAUGGUUACCAGACCGACAGGCGGAUUGGGGCGGUCCCUGACCUACCGGGUCUCUUUGCAGCAGACCCGAGGUUCUGGCAUCUGAAAGGGAAUUGGGCUCUGGUCCGUCUGGAUGACCAGGAGCUGUUUCUCAACGUGGACACCACCUCGCUGCAGUCGAUUUCGAAGUGCAGUGUCCCAGCGGGUCGCUUGCGGGUUGCAAUCAAUCACCGUCCGCUUCGGCGUCAGAGUCGCAAGCUCACCGUGAUCGACAUGCCGCCCGUCGGCCGGAUGUAUACCCUGUCGAUGCCGGGCCACCCCGUCGAUAGCGGAGCAUGGAUUGUGGAUAUGGGCAGUAUGUCCGUGUUCGCGGUCAUGGUUGGUUGUCACCACGGCAAGACAUAUGCACGUCCGGCGUUUGAGGUCUUUGGUGAGCUAUUCAAGCGCUUCUGGGAAGAGCCACCAAUGAUCACAAUGAAGUUGCCCAGUGAGCAAGAGAGUGACUGAGCCUUGAACGCUUCUAGUAUAGAUGGCAAAUUGGCGAUCGCUGAGAAUUGUAUCACAUGAGGUUUCAAAAUUCAUAAGAUAAAACUUCGUAGAAAUUCAGGCAUUGAUGGGCCUUGGUUGAGCAGCAUUCGAGUGACAGUACUGUAUGCACAAUAGAGGUAUUGAGGCUGCUCCCCUUUGAAACCCUCACAAACUGGCGUCGCGAUGCAGAGGUUCUAGUCGUCAUGUUUCAUGCACUCUAUGUA